AUGACACUCGUACACUUCAGCUUUUGCUCAGCAUUCACCCUAGGCCUUACAGGCCUAGCUCUUCAUCGAGCCCACCUUCUGUCAGCCCUCCUAUGCCUAGAAGGGGUUAUACUGUCUAUGUACGUUGGCCUCUCCUCAUGACCCACUCAAAUCUCUCUCUUCUCAUUCUCCCUAGUUCCCAUACUCAUGUUGACUUUUUCAGCAUGCGAAGCCGGAACAGGAUUAGCCUUGAUAGUUGCUACAACCCGAACCCACGGAACAGACAAUCUACACAACCUCAACCUCCUACAAUGCUAA